AUGGGGGAGCUGAGGACCACGUCUCCCGGGCUUCGUUUGGACCUGAACAACUUUGACUCUGCAGAAGCGGAGCGGAGUCGCUACGUCUUAACGAGUCCCCGCUCAUUAGAGUCCUGCACGCGACUCGGUGUCAAACCUGUUGAACUUCUGAUCAAAUCGCUAAACGAGUUGGUAGCUGACCAGCACCACGUGCCCUAUGAGGCCAUGAGAGUCGUGCACGAAUCCUACGAGAAGGAGAGAAUGAAGCGUUUACAAAUGUGUCGCGAGGAGAGGGAGAGGAUUAUCCGGACGGCUGCUGGGGACAGGUGGCCGGGCAGUGACAAAGUGCCCGGCCCGGAAGUGGUGCCUGACUCCAAACUGAAGGAUCACUCAAGGGACAGAGACACAAUGAGCUGUAUCCCGUAUGCAGAUCUGUGUGUUAAAGGGAAAUCUGCCAGCAGGUCCUCUUACAGAGAGCCAGACAGGAGCACAGUGUGCAGCGUCAGUCUGGGAGACCUCAGAUACACUCCAGCCACUGAGAUGAAGCUAGAGAGGCUCACCAGGGACAUCAACAAGGAGAUGUGUGUCACACUGUCAGAGAAGGAUCGCAAGAUAGCAGCUCUCAUGUUGGUGAAGCACCAGGAGGAGCAGGCCUGCCUGAAGGUCUGUCAGCAGGAGGAGCAGGAGCGACAGGAGGCCCGCAGGCAGCAGGAGGCCCAACGCGCUGAGGUAGAGAAACAGAGGAGGAAGAAACUGAGGCGGAGCAUGCAACGCUGGCACGAUGAUCUGGAAGGCCGCAGGAGACUCAGAGAGCGUAAGGAGAAGGAGAAAGUGGUACAACUGGAGCUGGAGGUGGUGCUGCACGAGGACCGCUGGAGGAGGCAGAAAGAGGAGGUGGAGGGACACCACAGGGAGAAAAUAGAGGCUGCACACAGAGAGGCAGAGGGGCGAAAACACUACCAGGAGAAGCUGCUGAGGGAAAGGGAGGAGGUGGAAAAAAGGGAGAGAGAGAGGGAGAGACAUGUGGCAGAAGAGAAGAAGCAGAGGGCCAGGAGGAGCAAAGUGUCCCAGGAGAGGGAGGAGAGGAGGAGGCUGCAGGAGGGGAAUCGUAGGGAGCUGCUUCGACACAUCCUGCUGAAACAGAAGACGGAGCAGCAAGGGGUGGAAGAGGUGGAGCAGAUGAGGAGCACGUUUGAGAUGAAGAUGAGAUUAUCCUGCGAGAAACAUGCCCAGGCUGUGGAUGCUCGGGUGAGGGAGGUGCAGGAGAGGGCAGCCCGGGAGGAGCUGCAGAUUCAGAGAGCGCAGCUGAGGGCCAAGCUGCAGAGCUCUCAGGAGCUCACACACAAACAGAUCCUGGUUCAGCUGAGUCAGCGUCGCUCGGAGAGAGCCGGCCUGCACGCAGAGGCCCAGCAGAGGAGCAGGGCUGAGGAGGCGCAGCAGCACAACCAACACAGGCAGACCUCCCACCUUAGGCUGAGGGAGAGGAGGCAGAGGGAGGAGGAGGAGGAGAGGAAGGUCACAGAGAGCUGCAUCUUCAUGAAGGAUGUGAGGAGGGAGAGGCUGAGGAGGCAGAGGGAGCAGAUUCAGGAGGAGGCGCACAGGCUGGCCCGCGCCUCCUUUCACAUGAGGGAGAGGGUGAGGCAGCACACACACAGCCGGACGUUUGAUCAGAUGGCCCGGGAGGCGCAGCUGACCGCCUCCAUGAGCUGCAUGAAGAUAUGAAAGACUCUGCACAUCAACUGCCGCUCUCAUAGGCUUUGAUAGCCUACAGUUCAGGCAUUAAAUAACAGAAAUAUAUAGGAAUUUAAUGAGAAACCCCUCCUGCAAUCAUACAUGUGUAUUGAGGAUGAGCUAAACCCUUAUGUGAAUGAGUUGGACCUGAGAGUGUGUGUGCUGCACAGGAGCUACAAUGGAUCAUCAUGUAUCAGAGCUGUAGGGGUUUAUUUUUUUUACAGUUUAAUUUGAUGAAAGUCCCUGAGAUUGUGCCAUAUUUAUAAAUGUAUACGUUUACGAUGACAUUCAAAUAUAUUUAAAGUUUAGAAUAAAUCUUUGGAGUUCUGUCUGACCUCGUAGUAACCCCCCAACAGCAUAAUUAACAAUAAAGUUGUGCUCUACUGAAGUGGUAUUAUUUUGUAUUUUGACCCUAUGAAAUAAAGCUUGUUGUAACCCCCCCAUGUCAGGCUGCAUACAUCUAUGAGAUGUGAAAACUCAACUGGUUUUAGCUUUUCAAAUAUAACCAAAUAAUGUAUAAAAGUCACAACUUGAGAAAAGUAUGAUACAAUAUUUGUUCUCUUUAUGUUGUAUCUUGUGAAUCAUUUUAGAUCCCAUUGCUUUAAUGUAUAUCCAGCUUCUAUAUAUGAACAAAAACAUGCUCUGUGAGCCACAGCACAUCAUUUUUUGCUUAGCUUAUAUACUGCACGUGAUGGUUUAUUGUUCCAACACCUCCUCAAAUCAAGCAGUUUGUUUUGAGUGAUCCAGCAUGACAACAUGUAUUACCACCCUACAGUGUUUGUGUGUCGGUGAUGGAGGGUUUGCUUCUAAGAUGGAGUUGGAAGAGAGGGUUGAGCAGUGGCGGUGAAGACUGCAGACCGGAGAGAGAAGGGUUACAUCGUGGUCUGUAGCCAUUUGGGUGUUUUGAAUUUGAUUAAGAUGUUGAGCACUAUUGUGUUGUUUCUUUCUGGUGCUCUGAUUAUGUCAGUGUCUUACCAUAUCACUGUGUCUCAUACAUUACUAUAAUAUACUUGUCUUUAAUCAUGGAUUAAAGUAAAAUGACAUUCAUAAAUGUAGCUCUGCUCUGGCACCAGAAGCCUGUACGACGAAGCCGGUUCAACAUAACCUGGAUAUGUUUGAGUUACCCGGUUUGCCUAAUCCAAAACAAACGCGCUCUCGCUAAGCAGUCCUACGACGCUGGUUAUCAACUCGUUAACUCAAGCCAGCUUUACCCUAUCUAGUUCGG